CUACAUAAAUUUCAAUGAAUAAUAGAAUAUAUUAAAAAAAACGUGGCACAACAGCAUUUUUCUUCUCUAAAAAGUUACAAAUUGAUGAACUUUUGAUUUUGGAGUGUUCUGUUUCAGUGUGCUCUCAUUUGUCUUGGGUUCACACUGAUAAACACGGCAACGAGACAUAUAAAAAUAAUGGAACCAAAACCCUAGCCUCUCCCCGCUCCUAAUUCUCUUCCUCACAGAUCUAUUUUUUCUCUUUCUUUCUUUCGUUCGUUUUUUUUGUUUUAACCUUUACGUUUGGUCGAUCUAAACACGAGUAUCAUCCACUAUCUUGAUUUGAUUCUUGCCACACUUUGUUGCACAACCCGAUGAUGAAACAUAGAACUCAAAAGAUAGCCAAUAACACUCAAAAACUUUGCAGUAGGGGCCACGUUAACAAUCAAUUAAUUUAAUUGAUAUAUAUAUGUGUGUGUAAAUAUCUCUCUCUUACACACACUAUAUAUCAAUAAGUUUCUGAAGUGGAUCCUAGAGACAUGGAAGGAAGAUCAAUAUCACAUUCUUCUGAAAGAGAAGAGGAAUAUGAUUUGUUCCCAAUAUAUUCUGAAAGGUCUCAGCAAGACAUGUCAGCCAUGGUUUCUGCUCUCACACAAGUCAUUGGUGGCUCCAAUAGUGAUUCUCUUCAGCAGCAUGAAGGCCUUUUAACUUCUUCACAUAACAACACCUCAACCCAGAAUAAUAAUGAACAAUCCCAAGCACCACAACAAGAACAAGGGAGUGUAAGAAGAAGACACUACAGAGGAGUGAGGCAGCGUCCAUGGGGAAAGUGGGCUGCAGAGAUUCGCGAUCCGAAGAAAGCAGCGAGGGUAUGGCUUGGAACCUUUGAAACAGCUGAAGCUGCAGCUCUUGCUUAUGAUGAAGCUGCUCUUAGAUUCAAAGGAAGCAAAGCAAAACUCAAUUUCCCUGAAAGGGUUCAAGGCACAGCUAGCGAAUUUGGUUACCACCUCACAAAUCAGCACAGCACUAGUAGUCAUGAUCAGCAAGCUUCUAACCCUAUUAUUACUCCACACUUUGCUACUACUCAAGAAACUUAUUCACCAAGUCAUCACUUUCAAUAUGCACAACAACAACUCAUGGGUGGUGGGAGUAACAGCUUCAAUAACAACCAAGAUAUGCUUCGUUUCUAUGGGGGACAUAACAUGUUUGUUUCUUCUCAGCAAUCUGCAUCAUCGUCUUCUUCCACUGCACUGUCUCAGAAUCAGCAGGAUGAGUUGCUGAGAUUUUCGAUGCAAUUUGGAGCUUCUUCUCAUUCUGACCAUUCAGGGAAUUGGAGGGGUGGACAAUGAACAAGAUACGACAUAUGGAUGUUGAUUUGUUCCGCAACUCAUGGUUUAAAUUUCUUUGUUUUUCGUCAGUCACGGCAUUGCAUGCUGUUAUUAUAUUUUCAUGACCUUUUAAGUUAUUUUAAUCUCUUGUAUGUGUUGCCAAUGAUGAAAUGUUUGUUUAAUUUGGAAAAGCAUGGUGUUGGUA